GUUUUAGAAAACCGAUGCACUGUGAACAAAGAUUGCACAAAGAAAAUUUAAAGUCAUUAUUAAAGCCAUCGCUUUCAGUCGGCAAUUUUGCUAGCCAUUGUGGAGAGGGAUUAGGUUUCAGUUUAAAUUCCUCUGUCUAUAAUGUACAAACCCGACAUUGUUUGGAAACGUAUUAGGUUUGUUGUUAAUUUCAUAUGCUGGAAAGGAACUCUGAUAUAUCAACAGAUAUUGGGAUAACCAUAUUACCCGUGAUGGCAUCAUACUAGAAGAAUUCAAUAGAAAAUAUCGGAAAUGGGCCUCAUUAAAAUAAAAUCAAUUUGAAGUAAUUCGAGUGUAAUGAAUGGUGAUAAUGUGUGACACUUGGUGAAAGCUUCUAAGUCUCCGAUGUGUGAUGUUUGAUGAAAAGGCUACAGUUCAUAAUUAUGCAUAGGGAAAUGCUCAGACCUUCCACGGCUGGUGCUGUUUCGAGGAAACAUGGUAUGUAUCUACACAAACGUAGACCAAAAACCUCCAUUUAUCGUAAAAAGCGUCAAGAACUUCUGAUGUUGGACGAAGAGACUGAAAUCGAUUCGUAUAACAGCCAUGCGCUCGAAAUUAGCCCGGAUGAGGCAUACGACAGCGAUUCGACGGUGUGUGCUUCUGAAUUUGAAAUAAAUAGUGAAAGGAGUGCGAGAUGUUCGGCAGCAUCCUCCUCCACAGGACUGUCGUCCAGCGAGGUAUCGGAUGGAAAUCGUGAGUUCGAGCGGUACAUACCACACGAUUAUGACAUGAUAAGUGAAAUCGAUGGAUUGUCUGUGGAGACGGGUUGUUGCAGGUUUGGUUUAGUCCCUAUGCGGUUUGCCGCAAAAAGGAUUGAAAUUAACGAACCAGAAAAUUGUCACUGCCUUUCAAAUAUGCUCUUUCAUGAAAAUAAUGCUUUUAGUCCAUGGAAAACAUCAUGUAGGCAUAAAAGUGACGUUCAAACAACGCAAAAAGAUAACCGAAAUUCUAACCCCAAACAGUGCCAAGUACCAAGUUUGUAUAGACGAACGUAUGGUCAAUCGUCAAAAAGCAUGGGCUAUCCUUUCAGUCAUUUUGAGAACAGUAGCAAAUAUAUUCAGCAAUAUAAAGAGCUUUGUUCAUCUGUUGGGAAGUUUAGACAGGCCCUAGAGGUUACCCGACAGAACAAGGUAUCUGCCCCUUUACCCGAUCCUUACCUCAACAGACUGCGCUCUACAGCUUGCUCCAUUGCCGAGAAUUUCGAUAUCUUCGCAAUAUUAGACAUCGAGAAAGAUGCAAGUGACAAAGAUAUGUCAGAAAGUGACAGAGAAUUCUCGAGGUCCUUGACAGUUAAUGACAGGGGCAAAAAUCUAAAUUUGGCCCCCGUGCGAGAUUCGCCACCGCUACAGUUUUCAGCACACCAUGGGACGUCCAUUAACAAAAAUGACAUGCGUUUCAACCAAUAUUUAAAUCUCGUAAUACCAAAGACAGCACUCCACAAAACUAAUAUUCAGCUAAAUCUAGAUAAUCCAAAAGAAAUGUGGACCCCAAGAUUUGAGUCUAAGAGAAAUCCAACAAAAAACUCCCACAGGCGAUCAGAAAGUGUCGAUUCACUAAAACGGUCAACGAAACACGCAGACAGCAGCUCCAGGCGAUCUUCAGGUGCAAACAGAGCAAGUCAACUGCGACUAGAACGUGCAGCGACAAGUGCCGAUGGUACCCGAGUAAGAAGUGAUUCAGGAUGCCUCAUACCACCGCCACCACCCUUGCCACAGAGUCCAUCCAUUUUAACGAAACGCAAAACACAAAGUCAGAAAACGAAGUGCGUGAACCAGAUACGUGCGAUGUUAUCUGAUCUUGACGAUUGUAAAGGGAAGUUGGAUCGCACCUGUAGACGACUCGAAAAUAUAAAACACAGCUCUGAUUCAAAGUCUGAUCGGGUUCUUCCAGCCACUAAGACAUUUGGAAUAGAAGGUCAGACAUGCAGAACGGAGGACCAAUUAAGUAUCAUUCAUCGUCUUAGAAAAGAAAAAGAACGGACGUUAAGAGUAUCGGCUGUCAAUUAAUUAAAUACAUAAAAUCCAUAUUCAGAAUGAAAAAAAUCUUGAAAAUCAAUUUGGGUACAAGUGCAUAGCUAAUUUUUCAUACCCUUG